CCCGGCCAGCAGGCUUCAUGGCGGUGAGGCCGGUGUCCCGGAUGCUGCAGCGGGUGCUGAGGUCCAGCGUCCGGAGCUGCAGCACGGGGGCUCCAGUGACGCAGCACCGCCCUGGGGAGCCCUCCCAAACUGCUGCGGAGGGGGUUUUUUAAAGGAAAGGGAGAGAUGGAAGAAUGAAAGUAGGACAUGCAGUGGUGGAGGAGAGAAGAGGCAGGGAUGAGGCUUGUUAACAUCACAGUGAUGAGCUUGCAAGGCUGGCCAGGAGCUGUCCAGGCGGAGACAGUUCCUGCGGGAGCACGCGGCCCCCUUCUCCGCCUUCCUCACCGACAGCUUCGGCCGGCAACACAGCUACCUGAGGAUCUCGCUCACCGAGAAGUGCAACCUCAGAUGUCAGUACUGCAUGCCCGAGGAGGGUGUCCCGCUGACCCCCAAGGCCGACCUGCUCACCACAGAGGAGAUCCUGACCCUUGCACGGCUCUUUGUGAAGGAAGGUAUAGACAAGAUCCGGCUUACAGGGGGAGAGCCGCUCAUCCGGCCGGACGUGGUGGACAUUGUGGCUCAGCUCCACCAGCUGGAGGGACUGAGGACCAUUGGCAUCACCACCAACGGCAUCAACCUAGCCCGGCUGCUCCCUCAGCUUCAGAAGGCUGGUCUCAGUGCCAUCAACAUCAGCCUGGAUACACUGGUACCAGCCAAAUUUGAGUUCAUCGUUCGCAGGAAAGGCUUCCACAAGGUCAUGGCGGGCAUCCACAAGGCCAUCGAGCUGGGCUACAGCCCUGUGAAGGUGAACUGUGUGGUGAUGCGAGGCCUGAACGAGGACGAGCUUCUGGACUUCGUCGCUUUGACCGAGGGCCUCCCUCUGGACGUGCGUUUCAUAGAGUACAUGCCCUUCAACGGUAACAGGUGGAACUUCAAGAAGAUGGUGAGCUACAAGGAGAUGCUGAACACCCUCCAGCAGCAGUGGCCAGAGCUGGAGAAGCUGCCUGAGGAGGAAUCCAGCACAGCCAAGGCCUUUAAAAUCCCUGGCUUCCGAGGCCAGCUCAGCUUCAUCACGUCCAUGUCUGAGCAUUUCUGUGGAACCUGUAACCGACUGCGAAUCACGGCUGAUGGGAACCUCAAGGUCUGCCUCUUCGGGAACUCCGAGGUGUCUCUACGGGAUCACCUGCGGGCAGGGGCCUCCGAGGAGGAGCUGCUGAGGAUCAUCGGGGCCGCUGUGGGCAGGAAGAAGCGGCAGCAUGCAGGCAUGUUCAGUAUUGCCCAGAUGAAGAACCGGCCCAUGAUCCUCAUCGAGUUACUUUUGAUGCUCCAAGAUUCCCCACCAGCCACUCCAAGCAUUUCCUCCCAGGACCCCUUUCGUGUUCAGGGUUUAAGACACAGAGGGAGUUUCUCCAACCAGAUGAUGAUUUUGUGGAAAGGAGGCUGGGUCCCCCAGGCCCCUCUCCUUGCCCAGCGGCUGCUGGGGUCCGUCUGCCCUCAAAGACACUGCAGUUCCCACCUCAACUCAGAUGCCAACCCAAAGUGCCUUAGUGCAGUGUCCCGGGCUCCUGGCACCCCCUCAGGACCCCUGCCAACCUCGGACCAACUAACCCAUGUGGACACAGCAGGACGGGCAGCUAUGGUAGAUGUGGGCGGGAAGCCAGACACGGAGCGGGUGGCUGUGGCCUCAGCCGUGGUCCUCCUGGGGCCCAUGGCCUUCAAGCUCAUCCAGGAGAACCAGCUCAAGAAGGGUGAUGCCCUGGCGGUGGCCCAGCUGGCCGGAGUCCAGGCGGCCAAGCUGACCAGCCAGCUGAUUCCUCUGUGCCACCACGUGGCCCUGAGCCACGUGCAGGUAGGGCUGGAGCUGGACGGCACACGCCAUGCGGUGGGGAUCCGGGUGUCCUGCCGGGCUCGGGGCCCCACCGGGGUGGAGAUGGAAGCCCUGACCGCUGCUGCCGUGGCUGCCCUCACUGUGUACGACAUGUGCAAGGCUGUCAGCAGAGACAUCGUGUUGGGGGAGAUCAAGCUCCUGAGCAAGACCGGGGGUCAGCGGGGGGACUUCCAGCGGACUUAGAGUUCUUGCCCCUCAUCCCCCGGCCCAGCCAGGUCAAGGUGGGAUGCAGUUCCGGCAAGUUCCUGUAACCCUGUCCCUGUUUACCUCCACCAGCAGGAGCCCGAGAUCAGCCCACCCCUUUACCGCUACACCAUCUCUAGUGAGCUGCACGGUCUCCUGUCAGCCUUCCUGGACACUCCGGUCGUGGGGGCGGGGCGGGGGUCGCCGCGAGCAGCGCUGGAGAGCCGAGAAAUCACAUUGCCUGAAAUAGCCCCCAGAGAACCCAUGCAGUUUCAGACAGCCCGAUCUAUAACUUCCACUCCUCAUUUUGGGUUUCCUCUUCUCCUUCCGUGGGGGGAGCAUAGGGCUCAUGAAGCAGAGGGAACCCACUUUGAGGAGGGAAGGGCAUGGUUUGCAUUAAGAAUGUUCUACUACUUCUCUAAAGCAGUUUUGCCUUCCCGAGUUUGGGGAGCUGCACCCCUACCAACCCUCUGAAGGGGCCAGUUCCUGCCUCAUUUUGCCUGCAUCUAGGCCCCCUUGAACUUGCAGGGUCUUGGCUUCACCAUUGCACUCGUCCGGCUAGCAGCUCCCUUUCCCAGCCCCUUCUGCUUGAACGGGAUAUACAACAGGCAGCAGCCCUGAGGACUCCUGCCCCAGGCACACACCCCACGCCUGGCCCUGCGCACUGCUGUUCCACCCACUGCCCACACCCCUUUAUUCUGGGACAUACCCGGGAAAGAAGAGAGCUGAAGAUGGCCUUCACCCUCAAGGUGCACAAAAUAAAGCCACGGUGUCAGCUUUGGAGAUGCAAGAAUGCGGACUCUCUGUGCGGAGGGCACUGAGCUGCCAUGAAGUCAUGCCCCUGCCCUCCCCCCCGCCCCCCCCCCCGGGAAAGAGGAGCAGUAAGGGUGCUAUAAAAGCCAAAGGGGCACAUGCUCUGUAGAUCCCCCGUCUUCCCUUGGGAGAAGGUAGGAGUGAAGUGGGAGGCCUAGAGAUGCACCGCCUGCAGGAAGUGUCCAGUGGGGGUGUCCAAAGUUCAAGGGGGUGCACUUACUUAGAGGUUCCUGGUCUGCACAUCCCCAGACACUGGACUGGUUGGCUGGGUUCGCCUCUGUGGGUAGGCAUCUUCGAGUCUAUCCUCAGUGGCACCCCCUGCCUGCCUGCUUCCCUCUGCCCUACACCCACGGGUGCUGGCGAAUGUUUGACAACCAGCUCUUGGGGAAAGAAAAGGCCAAAUUCCGUGGCCGAUUUCACACUACCCGUACAAUGUGAACCGGCUGGCAAAACUUUUGAAAAUGUAAACGACUGGUGUUCUCAGAGUAGACAUGAGCUGGCUCUAACCCUCCCCCCCUGCCCCCGUGACUGCUCCCGAGCACACCUCACGUCCCCACACGGGAAGAAAGCACAGGUUUCAAGGCAGGCUGGAUGGGGAUGGUAUGGAUUUAAUAUUUUUUUAGUAUUACAAUAUAUUCUUAUAAAAAUGGUGCAGGUAAAAAGGACGCUGCAGAUUUUGUACAUUAGCCUCACUUGUCGUCUGAGACAGCUUGGUGAAAGCAGCCAGGGCAUGGAGGCAUCCCUGGUAAAGGCUGGAGGAAAAUGGCACCCCAGUUGGUAAAGAUGGGAUGGGGGUGGGGAGAGCCUGGACCAGACCCUUCCGUCUCGACCUGGAGAAUUGUUUUUCCUCCUGCUGCCCCAAACACACCUGUCUUCCCUCACCGGGAAGGAGGUGUGGGUGCUGCUGCUGAGAAGGGGACAGGUUGGAUUAGGUUAACUGAAUUUUACAUUGGACACAAAAUUAGACAGCUGGAGGAAUUUACCUGAAGGGAGCAGGAGGGGUGAGAAGGACACUGAGGAAAGACUAAGGAACAAAUAGGCGUAAACAUUUAGCAUAUCCAGGACCAACUCCUCCACCAUCUCCACGGGGCCCCAGCCCCUUGCUGAGGCAACUGUGAUGGUGCAUGGUCCAAGGCACUGUUGUAGAUCUGGCUAUUCUACUGGCCAGAGAUAGAAAAUAAUAAAUAGAGAAGGAAAAAAAUCUUUCAGGGUGAGAAGCCUGAGCCCUGGAACAAGGUAUGUGUCCUCUGUAAACAGGUAAACCAAAGUGUGCUUUUCUGUGGAUCCAGAAUGUCUUGAACGACUUCUAUAUUCCUUGUCUUUCCUGGUACGUAUCCAGUCUUCCAUGGCGAGUGGGAAUGCCACAGUUUGAACAUGCUGGUGAUAGAAGCAGAGCCCGCCCCUGUCCCCUGCAGGGGAGGUUGACCUCAGCCCAGCCAGUUUGGGAGAGGACCUUCAGAGACCCCACCCAUGACCUUCCCAUCAUCCCAAUGCCAGCUUCUGGUGGGGGGUGGGGGGCGCGCUGCUGGGUAGACAGAUGGGUAUAACAGAGCCCUCUGCAGCUGUUCUUCCUCAAAGCCUUCAUCUUGCAUUCACCUGGACUCCAGGAUGGCCUCUUCCCCUCUAGCCUGGCCUCUUCCCCUCUAGCCUGGCCAGGCUUGCAUUUGCUCACAUCCCUCCCCGCCUCAAACCAACACAUGCUGGGCUCACCAACACUAUGCCCCCCGCCCUGCUGCCCCUGCAGCUACUCUGGCCCUACCCUAGGAGUCUGAUGUAGGGAAAAGAUGAUAAGCAGCUGAGGAGUGGGCCUAGUCCACCAGUGUGGCCACUGGCAAUAACCCUGAGCUGGAGGAGUAGGUUGGAAGGUGAGAAACAGAAGGGCCGGGGAGAUAGAAUGGCAAGGAGCUGGUUGAUGGAGAGUCAGGCAGGCCAGACUCUAAGGAUAAUAGGUCAACUCUAGGGCAAAGAAAUGGAUUGAAAAGACAAACCUUGAUGGAGUUGACCUUUCCUUCUUUCAGAAGAUAGAAGUUUUGUUUAGACACAGCCAUUGUUCCCCACCCCACCCCCAACCAAGGACAGCUCAAGAUGGACAGAAUGGAAGGUGGGAGUGGAUGGGAGGACCAGAAUAGACCCCUGGGAAGUCCGACUGAAGAACUGAAUUGAGAGGUGGGUCCCAGCCCCCAUCCCAUCUCUGGUACCCAGCCUUCUGCCCUUGGUUCCUUCAGGCAGUGCACCCCCCGGGAAACUGCCUCUCCUCCAUAUCCCAUCUCCCUAGCUUCCCCUGCCUGCUCUGGCCCCCAGUUUGAAUGCCUCAGCGAUCACAUGUAAAUGCAGAGGGCAGCUCUGGCCCUUCGGACCAUCUCAGGACACCCCAGGGCCAGCCUUAGCCAGGUCCACGUGGUUUGAAGCGGCCUUCCGCAGGCUGGACAGAGGGGGAGGUCCCCGUGGCUUCUGCCCUGAGACAGACCUUAGAGAAAGAGUUUGGGGUCUGAUGAACAGGAAGUGGUAGAUCAGGGAGCACCAGAGUGGAGCUAGGCAUUCAAGUGCUGCCCUCUAGUGAGGGGCUAUCAGAAUUCCCAGCCAACAGGUGUGGUCACUGUCUCGCUUCAAGACUGGUUGGGUUGUACAGAGGAUGUGUGAGGAGAGCUUUGUUCCAGGGUCCCUAGGCCCAAGGCACGAGGUAUGGUGAUGAUCGGGGUCUUUCUUGAACCCCUUACCAGAUUCAUCAAGUACCUGCUCAUGAGCCAUAGUUGUGGGAACCCAAAGGUGAGCGUUCUGAGAUUCAGGAUUAGUAGAUAGGAGGGAGAUGGCGGUAGGGAAGGAAGGGAGAGACUUAAGACAUGCGAAAGAGGGGCCAAAGGACUUGUGAUGUAGGAAACAGGCACUGCUACUCUGUGUCCUGGUGACUUGGUCCCUGUAUCGUCUUCCCAGCACUUUUUUGAAACCUAUCUAGCUAGACUAUCUAAUGCCUCUUCCUUUUCCAUCCAAGAGGAAAGUUUGCCCCCAGAUCCAUGUUCCAUUAAGCCUCCUCUUGAGGGAUGGGGGCCUGCAUUCUCUCACCCUGGUUCUCAGGGGGCCCACCCCACCAUGAACUCCCUACUGCACAUGAAUCCAGACAAGGCCCGUGGACCUGUCCAAUCCAGAUCUGGAACAGUUGUGUGCCAACACGUACGUGCCCUUGCUGGGGUGGGGGUGGGGUGGCGGGGGGCAGGGCUCCUUCAGCAGGGCCUGCCAGGGAUGUCUAAGUCCGCCUUGGAUGCAGAAAGAAUAACGGAACAGGAGAUGUGAGGAGCCCUUCCAGGUAAGUGCGGGGACCCCUGGUCCUGCCACGCACUGCCCCCACCCCAGGGCCCAGCCCAGGGCCCGUUGCAACUGAGCACCAAAUUGUCUAAGGAUCACGGCCACCUCCGCUCAGCCCCUCAGCCCACCCCCGUCUCCUGCCUCCUGCUGUGGCCAGUCCCCAGGUCAAUAAUUUAGCCUGCUUAUUGCCCGCUCCCGGGUGACUUCCAAGGCCUGGCUCCCCGACCGCUUGCGGCUGCGCUUCAGCUUGCUUAAGUCCUUGUCAAACACUUCACCCGAGCGCAGCGCUGACACCAGGUCGUCGAACUCGCCGCCUUCCUCCAGCGCGCUGCCCGCGUGGGCCUUCCGCUGCCGCUGCCACCGCUCCCGCUCCCUCUGCUCCUUCAGCUGCAGGAGGAGGAAGAGUGAGAGGUGGGCUGAGGCCAGAGCAGCCACCCACAGUCCAGCUGUCAAACGAAUGGCCUCCCAGCAGGCACAAACUCCAACCUGUGCACCCUGAGGCCUGUGUUGACCAGCUGGCCCCACUUUCCUGCUUGCUGAGAUACCCUGUAUCUCCCUGCUGCCUCCUGCUCUCCCCCAGUAGCACCCCACUCAGCCCAGCCCUCUCACCAUGGUUUCCAUGCGUGCCCGCCGUUCCUCCUCUUCUUUCCUCUUCCUCAUGGCCUCCAGGUCCUGCCGGGCCUCCAAGAAGGCCUGCAGGAAGGUGUCAAAGAUUCCAAAGAAUUCGUCUGGUUGCAUCUUGCUGUCCUGCUCCCCAAAGUGCAUCAGGGCCUUGGAGAACUGUUAGGGGGAAAGGGGUGGUGAGAGUCUGCCCCCGCCCCAAAGCAUGGUGGCUCAGCCCAUGUGGUGAGUUGGGUUCCAGUCAGCACAGAGCCCAGUCCAAGGCCGGGGACCUUUGACAGAGGGGAGCAGGGCUGGAGAGGGGGAGACACCUGCUAUCAUCAGGGCAGGGACAAGGCUGAAGGAAAAGCUUGAGGGUGACACCAAGGGGAGGUUGGGAAUUCAAGCUGGCUGACAGAGGCUGCCCAAAGCUACCAUUGGGUCUGUUAUGGUGUAGGUAUGGGAUCAGGAGUUGCAGACCUUGGGAAGUACUUCCUAAGGUCACAAACUCAAGAGGACCCAGCGAUCAUAUAGUUAUUGGGCUAAUUUAACUCCUCUGUGCCUCAGUUUCCUCAGCUGUAAAAUGGGGACAAUAGCUUCUACCUCAUAGUGUUGUGAGGGUGAGGUGAGUUAAUAGAUGUAAAACAUUAGCUCUAAUUGUGUGUGUCAGGCACUGUUCUGACAUUUAUUGACAGCUACCAUCUCUAAUUCAACCCAGAGUGUGCCUGGACCAGCGUGGGCAUCUCAGGCUUACCCCAGACCUCCUGAAUGAGGACCCCUACCAAUGGGGUCCAUGAGGAUGUUGGAAAGCCAGGAAGAGGCAACAGCAACUGUGACCAAAGCUGAGCUCUGGAGUCAGGAUUCUAACCCAGCUCUGUCCAUCACAUCUGGGAAACCUUGGGCAAGUUUCUUAACCUCUCUAUAUCUCAGUGUACAUACUUGUACAAUGGGGUAAUAACCUUUUAAGGUUAUUUAAGGUAGGUCAUGCGGUAAAUAAUGUAAAAUACCACAUGGUACCUACACCUGGUGAAUGGCUUAUGAUCUUUGCAACAGAUUUGCUAUUGCUUUUCUUAAGGGAGUGAGGAAAUUAUUUUUCCUCAAAGCUCUGUGACUCUGGGUUUGUCCCUCUGGGCCAUCUGGGGUAGGAAUGGGUGAAGGAGCUGUGUCUACGUAAAAAGUUGAGGGGGGAGAGGUUAGGAUGGGGGUCAGACUGGGAGCUUGGGCCACACUUACCUUGUCCCUGGCCUCAUUCAGUUGGUCUUCCAGCUCUGAGAAGCUAAAGCUGGAGACAGUGAUGAAGUCACUCAUGACUGGGACAAACUUGUCAUUCGGUUCACGUGCCUGGCGCUUCUGAUAUUCCAGCUCCUGAGGAGGGAGAGUGAUAUGCUGGUUAGAUGGGUGCCAGCAUAAAAGUCAGGAAUUCUGAGGGUCAUCACAUCUCCCACCCUUCCCUGCCUAAGCUCUCACAAUCUUUGCCACCCUCAGAAUUGUGUGAGACAUCCCUCAUGCACCACUGCCAUCUUUCUUUCUCCAGAUGCUUGCCUCCCAGUGUGGUCUGGGACCAGCAACAGCAUCACCUGGGACAUCUGAAGAAAUACAGACACUCAGGCUCUAGCGCAGACCUAGGGAAUCUGCAUUUCAACAAGACCUAUAGGUGAUGCAUGUGCAGAAUCAAGUGUGAGAUGCAUUUCUAAAUCUCCUAGCUGAUACGGAUGCUGCUGGUCAUGGGCCAUGCUUUGAGUAGCACUUUAAAGGGCUAUAAAUUGGAAAUUGCCCCCUCCACCACCACAGUGGCAAUGGAAAGUUCUUCCUCAUAUUUACCUUCAUUCUCUAACUCAUUCUCCCCUUACCUGCCUACCACCCCCUUCCCCCAGUGAAGAUGGGAAGGGUCUCGAGUUCCUAAAGGUGGAUGACAAAGGAUUGGGGCCAUUGCCAUAUGGGACUAGGCUAGCCUAGGGCCAGAGACCAUAUCAUCUGAGAAGCCAUCAGAGCAGGAAUGGUGAUGACUAGACACCUGGGUGCAGCCCCCAGAUCCUCUACUGACCCAGGGAGAAGAGACAUAAGGCAGGAAUUUCUGGGGAUAGCUGUGCCCAGUGUCACACACUAUGUGCUACCUGUGCCUAAUUGGCUUCCAAGAGAUGUAGCUACUCUUUCCUAUCCACUUGAAUUAGACUUAAGCAUGGGGCCAAUUUAUGGUUCAUUCUCCUCUAGUGCCCAAUACACAUGCUGGACAGUAACCUCGCUCGUCUCAGAUGUCCGCUCAUUGAGAGUCUAAAUUUAAGCCCUAAAUAAUCCAGUCAUCCUUUCCUAUGGGCUAGCUCUGUUGCUGCCUAUCACUUGGUCAAAUGACAGACCCCCAGAUAGUAGGCCUCCAGAUGGCAGACCCUGUCUGAUGCAUUUCUGUGUCCCAAAGUUCCUGUCUGGGGUGCUAGAAUAACUGGCACAGGGUAUGGCCUUCAGCACAGACACAGGCAGCACCCCCUCAAACCCAGGCAGGCAUAGAUGAUGUACUCACCACCUCAACUGCUCUGAGGCCCCUCCUGAGGUUGCCCACCUCCUUCUCCAGCUCUGCCAGGCUGUGGGAAGACACACAGGAAGGGAGAAUUGCUGAGGGUGGUUCAGGCAGAUGGCAGUGCCAAGCGCAAUGACUUUGGAGUCAGUAGACCCAUGCUCCAGCCCUGCUAAAUCACCUCCCCUCUGUGCUCUGUCUGUGCUUCUAUAAAAUAACAGGGGUAAAACUUAUAUUCUGAAGAUCCUUCCAGAUUAGAAAUGUUACGUUGAAUAUUAGGUUUCUAACACAUGGCUUCUGACUUGAAUUCUUUUUGAUACCAGCAGGUAAUACUUAAAACUCUUUUAAUUCUUUUUGAUACCAGCAGGUAAUACUUAAAACUCUAACAUGCACUAAGCACUUGUUGCAUAUUAACCAUUUUCCACUGCAUUUCUGCUUCUGUUGGAGAUGCUUCUAUCAGCCUAUGGCUGUUGGGGUCUGACUUCUUGCCUGUAGCGGAUAUCAUUUGUGCCACAUCCAUAUCUCCUUGGACCAUCCAUUGUAGUGUACAAUCCUGACUUCCAAUGAUGCGAGCACUUUCUCUGGAUCCCAGAGCUCCCUCUGCCUGUACCUAUGUCCAGAGUCAUGCCCUGCCCAGAGACACUCAGCCCAUGACUGACAGGAGAUGGGGUAUGAUAUCCUAGCUCCCUCACCUCUCAGAUGGGAUAAGUUGAAUAAGUGUCCUAAGCGGUCUCACAGACUUCCCUGGAGGGAUGUCCCAGGGGUAGCUGGCUUAAUAAUACUUCCGUUAUUAGUAUUCUUCCCACCCCUGGUUCACUUCCCCACUGUGUUUCCUAGGAGCAUGUCUGAAAUAAGGAUUUGAGAGCAAGUAGCCAGUCUUCAUUUGGUUCUCCUAAAAGCAGACCCUGAGACACUGCCCAUUCCUAGUCAUCCCACAGUAGCAAUGAAAGGAAAUUUAGACAAGAGUGCUGUGAUCACAGGGAGAAAGAAGACUUGGAAGGGCCCCUCACUUGACUUUGGCAGCUUCUGGAAGAUGCUGUAGCUCUGAGGGCAUGUUUAGGAUGUCAGGGAAGUGCUUCUCCAGGAUCAUGAUCAGGUAAUGGAGCAGAGAGAUGUUUCUGUGGAUGAAAGGUCAGGGGUAAAGGAAUGAAGGCCAGGAAGAAACUAGGGGGAGGGGUCAGGGGGAAAAGGCAAGGAGUUAGGGUUGGAAAUGGGAGGAGGAAGGGAGAGGCCAGGGUGGGGUGAGAUGGAAGAUAAGGAAGCAGACAAGAUCCCACCUGUCAAUGCUGGACUUGGUAUCUGCAAUCUUGUUGAGGCUGGCCACCCGGAACCCAUAGGCACCCCCACGCUGCCCUUUGUUCAUGAAGUUGCCAAUGGCCAGGAUGACCUCAAGCAUCUGCCUUAAACGCUUGCUGCGGAUCAGCUCCCGGGAGGCCAGCAGGAUAGCUAGGAGAGGAGGGGCAGAUCAGAGCCCUGCAGAGACUGGGCCAGGGCAGCUGGUCCCCUUGAAUGCCAGGAUGAUGCCACCACGAAGUCCAGUCUUCAACUCUCAGAGGGGCAGAGACGAUACCCACACCUCAACAGAUUGAUUUACUCUGUACCUGCCCACUUCCAAGGGAAGCAGGUAAAUUUGCCGAAAGCCAAUUCAACAAAUAGCCCAUUCUCAGAAUGUGCCAAUUCUUCUUAAUAUAUUUAAAGAAUAUCUUUUCUUGCAUAUAUCCAAAGGUUAUUAAUAAUUCUUUCUAUGGAUAUACACAAGAAUAUAAUACUUUUACUUUUUUAAACUUAGUGAUUAAAAUUUUAAAUUUCAGCAUUUUACAUAUUAUGGGACUGUUUCUGCCUCUUUUGAAAUGCUGUCUUAUUUUUUUUUGAAAGAAAAUACCUGUCAAAUUAUAACAUGUCACCAAUAUAAUAUUCCCAUAUUUUUGUUCUAUAAUAUAAUGGUAUGCCUUGUAGUUGAUGGUAUCUUUGAUUUAAUAGUUUACUUGAAAUCUUGUUGAAUGUCAUUUAAGUUUUUUUCCCAACUUUUAGGCAUUUUAACAAUUUCUCCCCAAUGCCUUAAAUGAUACAUUUGCUAGAAAUACAAACUAAGGUUAACAGUAACUGAAACUUCAGUAUUUCAUUCCAGUUUGGAUGCUCUAGCCCAUCUUCAGGUAUUAUGCACUUAUGGCAGAUGCACAAAAUUGGGAUACAAAUCCUUCACUGAAAUUUUGGCUACUAGUUAUGGAAUAUGCUUUUCGAUUAUUAAGAGUGGUGAUAGGAAUACCAAACCAUCCCAUGAUUUUCAGCUUAUGCCAAAUUGAACAUUCCAUAAGAUGUUGCUAUGGGUCUAAAAUGAGAACCAUCUAACCAAAAGUUUGCAGAAAUCUUCAAAAACAGUUAAAAGUAAAUAAUUGUAAAAAAAAAAAAAAAAAGCUGUAAUGUGGAGAUCCCCAGGACCUCCCAGCUUGUACCCACCUCAGCCUCAGCUGUCCUUCCAGGACACUCUCUGUGCAGAGAGCCCCAUGACCACCCUGGCCUGCAGCCAUCCCACCAGGGUGACUCCAGCCCACACCAGCCACAGCUCCAGCCAGCCAAAGUCACCAGACACACAGACACACAUAGCCUACACAGGGGAUGACCAUACACAAGACCAUUCCUUCAAAUUUUAGAGAAGUAGCUGUUCUGCCUAUUCAUAGAAAUAAAGACUGAAAGUCAAGCAAAAUGGGGAGAUAGAAGAAUAUGCUCCAAACAAAACAAAACCUCAAAAAAAGAACAAAAUGAAAUGGAGAUAAGCAAUAUGCCUGAUAAAGAGUUUAACAAAGAGAAGAUAUGAAAAAAAAAGUUGAGUUAAAGAACAUAAAUGAAAAAUAUACUAGAGGGAAUCAACAGAUUAGCAGAUGAAGAAGAAGAGAUCAGCAAUCUAGAAGACAGGGUAAUAGAAAACAACCAAGCUGAACAGCAAAAAGAAAAGGGUUUUAAAUGAGGACAAGUUAAGUGAUCUCUUGGACAACAUCAAGUGAAUAAACAUUCACAUUAUAGGGGUCCCAGAAAAAGAGAAAAGGGGGCAGAAAACUUACUUGAAGAAAUAAUAGCUGAAACUUUCUUAACCUGGGGAAGGAAACAGACAUCUAGGUUCAGGAAGCACAGAGAGUUCCAAAUAAUAUGAACCCAAGGAGGUCUAUACUAUGACAUGCAAUAACUAAAAUAUCAAAGAUUAAAGAUAGAGAAUUUUAAAAACAGCAAGACAGAAGGAAAGUUACAUACAAGGGAAACCCCCAUAAGACUGUCAGCUGAUUUUUCAGCAGCAACUUUGCAGGCCAGAAGGGAGUGGCAGGAUAUAUUCAAAGAGCUUAAAGGGAAAAAUCUAUAACCAAGAAUACUUUACCCAACAAGAUUAUCAUUCAGGAUCGAAGGAGAGAGAAAAGAGUUUCCCAGGCAAACAAAAAUUAAAGGUGUUCACUACCAGUAAACCAUCCUUACAAGAAAUAUUAAAGGGACUUCUUUAAGUGGAAAAGAAAAGGCCAUAACUAGAAGUAAAAAAACAAAACAACAACAAAAAAAAACGCAUAUAUAUAAAGAUGUAAAAUAUGACACCAUAUACAUAAAAUGUGGAGGGGGGGGAGUAAAAAAGUUAUUUUAGAAUGUGUUCAAACUUAAGUGACCAUCAACUUAAUAUAGACUACUAUAUACUUAGAAUGUUAUAUAUGAACCUCAUGGUAGCCACAAAUGCAAAAUCUGUAAUAGAUACACAAAAAAAUAAAACCAAGAUUAACACUAAAGGAAGUCACUAAUCACAAGGAAAGAGAGCAAGAGAAGAAGAAAGGAACAGAGAAGAACUACAAAAACAACCAGAAAACAUAACAAAAUGACAAUAGUAUAUAACUUUUGAUAAUUACUUUAAAUGCAAAUGGUCUAAAUGUUCUAGAGUGGCAUGAUGGAUUAAAAAAAAUUCCUCUACAUGCUGCCUAUAAGAGAUUCAAUUCAGACAUAAAGACAUACAGACUAAAAGUAAAAGGAUAGAAAAAAGAUAUUCCAUGAAAUGGAAGGAAAAAAAAGCCAGGGUAGCAAUACUUACACAAAAUGAUUUUAAACCAAAGAUUGCAAUAAGAGACAAAGAAGGGCAUUACAUAAUGAUAAAGGGGUCAAUCCAACAAGAGGAUAUAACAAUUGUAAAUAUCUAUGCACCCAACAUUGGAGCACCUAAAUACAUAAAGCAAAUAUUAACAGACAUAAAGGGAGAAACUGGCAAUAAUACAAUAAUAGCAGGGACUUUAACAUCCCAUUUACAUCAAUGGAUAGAUAAUCCAGGCAGAAAAAUCAAUAAGGAAAUAGUGUUGCUCAGUGACACAUCAGACCAGAUGGACUUAGGUAUACACAGAACAUUCCAUCCCCAAAUGACAAAAUACACUUUACAAGUGCACAUAGAACAUUUUCCAGGAUAGAUCACAUGUUAGGCCACAAAACAGUCUUAAUAAAUUCAAGAUAGAAAUUAUAUCAUGCAUCUUUUCUGAACACAAUAGUAUGAAACUAGAAAUCAAUCACAAGAAAAAACUGGAAAAACACAAACACAUGGAAGCUAACAACAUGUACUAAACAGCCAAUGGGUCAAUAAGAAAUGACAGGAAAUCAAAAAAUACAUGGAGACAAUGAAAAUGAAACCACAAUUAUCCAAAAUCUUUGGGACUCAGCAAAAGCAGUUCAAAAAGGGAAAUUUAUAGCAGUACAGGUCUACUUGAAAUAAAAGAGAUCUCAAUCUAACCUUAUACCUAAAAGAACUAGAAAAAAAAAAAGUCCAAGGUGAAUAGAAGGAAGGAAAUAAAAGAGCAGAAAUAAAUGAAAUAGAGCCUUUUAAAAAAAAUGGAAAAGAUCAAUGAAACCAAGAGCUGGUUUUUUGAAAAGACAGGCGGAAGUGAUAAGCCUUUAGUCCUAUUCAUCAAGAAAAAAGGAUACAAAUGACUAAAAUCAGAAAUGAAAGAAGUGACAACUGACACCACAGAAAUACCAAGGAUUAUGAGAGUACUAUGAAAUUGAACCUAAAAGAAAUGGACAGAACCCUAAGAACAUAUAAUCUUCCAAAAUUGAAUUAGAAGGAAAUAGAAAAUCUGAACAGACCAAUUACUAGUAACAAAAUUGAAUAAGUAAUCCAAAAACUCCCCAAUAAACAAAAGUCCAGAAGCAGACUGAUUCACAGGUAAAUUCUACUAACCAUUUAAAGAAGGGUUAAUACCUAUUCUCAAGCUCUUUCAAAAAAUAGUAGAGGGAGGAAAUCUUUCAAAUACAUUCUAUGAAGACACCACUACCCUGAUAUGAAAAGGAGACAAGACACUACAAAACAAACAAACAAACAAACAAACAAAACCUACAGGUCAAUAUCCCUGAUGAACAUAGAUGUAAAAAUCCUCAACAAAAUAUUAGCAAACUGCAUUCAACAAUACAUUAAAAAAAAAAACCCAUUCACGAGCAAGUGGGUUUCAUUCCAGGGA